UCAGCUGCAGCGACUGCAAACAAAACAGAAGAUUUCACAACUUUACUUUAGUUUUAAGGGGAAACAUUGAGUCAGAUGAUGAUUUCUUUUAAUCUUAAGUGUUGCUGAGCAACUCCAUAUCAUUAUUUAUUUAUUCGCGCAUUUUAGUUUCCUGUCGACUGUUAACUUUUCAGCCAUGGAUGGCGAGGGCCCCCAGGCCCUGAGCGACCUCUGCUUGGUUGAGGUUUGCCGCAGCCUGGACGCUCUGUGCAGCAGACGAGCAGACGGCUCCCUGUGCCUCAGCUGGGCCCCAGUCUUCCCACAGGAGAUAGCAGACCAGCUACUGCGUAAGAUGGUAACUAAAGGGAUUCUGAAUGACACAAGUGUUGGGAUUUUCCGAAACUGCAAAGAGCUCCGCCUGCGUCGAGCCUCCAUCCGCUGCUGUCCAGUGUCUGCGCAAGCUUUCCGCCUGGCCCUCUGCCCUCACCGGCUCCAGGAACUAGAUGCCUCCUGGGUCUCUGGUGGUCUCACUGUGGCUAACAUCGUCUCAGGCCUGGCCUCCAACCCGGAGUGCAGAUCCAGCCUGCAGAGGUUGUCCCUUACUGGGCUUAAUGUGGACUGGGACACUCUGGGGGAAGAUGGAGGGACCCGUGUUGGCUUUAGCUCCCUGCAGGGCUUGAGGACGCUCAACCUUGCCAACACAGACCUGACUGAUGCUGUACUUGAGGAUAUCUGUGCUCUCCCUCGGCUGGAGAGCCUGGACAUCUCCUGCAGCGCUGUUUCAAAACUUACUGCACUGCUUGACUGCAAAACCACGCUGAGAUCUUUGACCGUCCACAGGCUGCGGCAGCUGGACAUGUCCUCUGCCAGGUUGCUCUUUGUCCUCGGUCAGCUGAAUGCUCUCAGGCAUCUAGACUUUUCCGAGGACCAUUUUGCUGUGGAUGACAGUGACGGGAGAGACGGGGAUGAGACGGUGCGGCAGAUUCUGGAGGGGAGUCCACAGGUCCUCCCUUCCCUCGUUUCUCUCGAUAUCUCUGGACGGAAGAGAAUCUCUGAAGCAGCAGUCAGAGCGUUUGUUGAGGCCAGAGGUGGACUGGUCUUCCUGGGCCUGCUCGCCACCGGGGCUAGCUCCUGCGACGUCCUGUCUUCACAUAAAAACCUCAAAGUAACUGGAGAGGCUAAUGAGAACCAGGUGUGUGAGGUACUGAGAAGGUACGGAGACCGCGAGUGUUUCAUGCGAGAGGCCCUCAUCCAUCUCUACAAUCUAACCACUGAUACUGACAAACCACAAGCGGAUAUGCUUAAGCUGGUACUGAGUGCGAUGCAGAGCCACCCCACCUCCCUGCACGUCCACCUGGUGGCCACAGCGUGCGUGUUCAAUCUGACCACUUCGGACCUGGCAGAGGCCAUGCCUGUCAGCCUGCUCAGCUCCACUGUCAGCCAGCUGCUGUUCUCAAUGAAGACCUUCCCCAACCACCAACAGGUGCAAAAGAACUGUCUGCUGGCGCUCUGCAGUGACUACAUCCUUCAGGAUGUCCCCUUUGACAAGUAUUUAGCAGCCACGCUGGUGAUUAACUGGCUGCGCAGCCACGAGGAUCCGACCCUUCAGAGGAUGGCUGUGGCUGUCAUCUCCAUUCUGGUAGCCAAGUUGUCCACAGAGGAGACUGCUCAGCUCGGCAAGGACGUCUUUAUAAUGAAGCAGCUGCUGGCUAUUGUGCAGCAGAAAGCCAUGGAUGGAGUGGUGGACUCCACUCUGAAGUUCGCCCUGAGCGCUCUGUGGAACCUGACAGAUGAGAUGCCCGCCGCUGCUCGCAAUUUCAUCGAGUGCCAGGGCCUGGAGCUGUACGAGGAGGUUCUGGAGACCUACUACACUGAACCUUCCAUUCAGCAGAAAGUACUUGGCCUCCUGAACAACAUAGCAGAAGUUGAGGUGCUACAGGCAGACCUGAUGGAGGAGGACUUGCUGGAACACAUCCUUAAUCUGCUGCAGGACACAGAGGUGGAGGUGGGGGUCCGUUACUUUGCAGGAGGGACUCUGGCACAGCUUGCCUCCAGACCAGAGGCCUGGACGUUGGACGAGGAACUCCGCAGCACCAUACUGGAGCAGCUGCAUGCAUCCAUAAUGACAUGGACACAACUCGAGAGAGAAAUGGUCUCUUACAGGUCAUUCAGUCCGUUUUGCCCCCUGCUUGAGACUUGGCAACCCUCAGGAGUGCAGCUGUGGGCAGUCUGGGCCAUGCAUCUGGUCUGCAGUCAGAACACUUCACAUUACAGCAACAUGAUGGAGAAGGAGGGCGUGACUGAACUUCUGAGGGCUUUGACUGCACACCCCAACACACACGCUGACAUUAAAGGACUGUCAGACAGCAUCUUGCAUAUGGUAGAGCAACACCGGGGUCACUUAGGGUCCUGCAAAGACCUGAUGGGGCCUCGAAAUUCUUGACAAAAGUGACAGGAAAUGUAUUUUAUCAUUAUUUUAUGAGCUGUGCCUAAAAUGUGCUAUACCUGAGGUUGCAGAUACAACACUGGAGUACAUACAGUUCAAGUCGAUCAUCUUGGAAUUGGAUAUGGAAUAAAUUAUGUUCUAGAUAUUUUAUAUAGAAAGUAUGAUCAGUGGUCGUGACGUCAUGAAUCGUGAUCUACUUUCAGACUGUAGGUUUAGUUUAAAAUCCUUCUGGGAAAAAAAACGUAAUAGACAGUGACUAUAUUAUUUGCACCAUAUCGAGGUCAAAUUGCUGUCAAGCUGGAAAAUGUUUGACCUUAAUAAAGUGUUUUAGAAGUUACAGACUAAAGCUUGUGUUGUAAAGCAUGCAUAGACUGAAAACCUGUCACUAGAGGGUGCUUUGGUACUGUAGCCUCAGGGCUGUUUUGCCUUUAAGGUCUGUUUUUGUGAAAUAUUCACUCAUCAGAUGUUUAGAUUCAAGAUCAUGUUUAUCUGUCUGUACUGAGGGCCUCAUUAUAAAGCAGUCAUGCUGGAGAAUAAGUUAUCUCCCCUCUCCCUCUCCCGCUCUCUCUCCCCUCUAGUAUCCUAGAUGCUGAAUUCAUUAUAUUUUAUGUAACACACAGCUGGAAGACAGAACAGCUCGUAGGCAUCCACAGAGUCUAUUCUAAGUUGCCCUAUUAAUAAAUCCUUUUGAAAAGUG